GGACGCAUUUUGGCUGUGUCCGAAAUCGCUAACUUAUCAUUACACAGUCCAAUAAAGUGAAGUGGGUGGUUUCGGACUAGCCAUUGUCGCCUGAGGAACAAUUUCCCUAUAUGCUGAACUGUCCGAGGAGCACGUGAAUGCAGCUGACUGACUAACCCGCCUACAUGUUUAACUUCGUCCCGGAAGUGGAUUUGAAACCUCCUGAUCGCGUGGUGUCGUGAGAUGAGAUGAGAGGAGGAGGUUUAUAUCAGACCUCAUGAACACGACUCAUGAGCUAGAGGACAUCAGACUUCUAGAAGUAGAAAGUUGUGUUUUAUCUUCUCCUCUUGUUCGGUCGAGUGGUUACGUCAGUAACGUUGCUCUCUUGAACACAGCUCAGUAAAACGCAUGGCGCCACAGUCUGGUCACAGCUGAGCUGACAUGUAAAGGGCUGCUGGACUCUCCUGGCUGAUGGGUGUGGACGAAGACGCUUCUCAUCCGUCUGACUGCGGGAGGAAGAAACCUCCAGCUGCAGCCAGGAGACAAUCACAAUGGACCCCUCCGACCACAAGCACUUCACGGUUAUAGACUAUGUGGUAUUUGCCGUCUUGCUGGCUGCUUCUAUGGGCAUCGGCCUGUACUACGCUCUGUCCGGUGGCCGUCAGCGCACCACACAGGAGUUCCUGAUGGCAGACAGGAACAUGCACUGUCUUCCGGUUUCCCUGUCGCUCAUCGCCUCGUUCCAGUCCGCUGUGGCGAUCAUCGGCGUACCGGCGGAGAUCUACACACACGGCACCCAGUACUGGUUCAUCGGCUGUGCCUACUUUCUGGGUCUUCUCAUUCCAGCUCAUGUUUUCAUUCCAGUGUUCUACAGACUGAGGCUCUCCAGCACCUACCAGUAUCUCGAGCUGCGCUUCAGUAAAGCAGUGCGUAUCUGUGGAACUUUGACCUUCAUCUGUCAGAUGGUUAUCUAUAUGGGAGUCUGUGUGUAUACUCCUGCCUUUGCACUAAAUGCAGUUACUGGGUUUGAAUUGUGGGGAACAGUGCUGGCCACUGGGCUCGUGUGCACACUGUACACAACGAUGGGUGGCUUGAAAGCCGUCAUCUGGACGGACGUCUUUCAGACUGCUGUUAUGUUUGCGGGGCAGCUGGCUGUCAUCGUGGUCGGGGUGCAGAAGACUGGAGGGGUGUCGGAAGUUUGGAGGAAAGUCGGUGAGGGAAACCGCAUCUCUGGUCUCGACCUGAACCCAGAUCCUACAGAGAGACACACAUUCUGGACUCUGGGGGUCGGCGGGGUCUUCCUCAUGCUGUCCCUCUACGGAGUGAACCAGACUCAGGUGCAAAGAUAUCUCAGCUCCCGCACAGAGAAGGAGGCUGUCAGGUCCUGCUACAUGGUGUUUCCCUCCCUGCAGCUGGCUCUGGCUCUCAGCUGUGUGAUGGGGCUGGUCAUGUUUGCACGUUACUGUGGAGAGGAUCUGUCCGAUAAACUUGGCCCCUCCUCCACAGAUGCAAUGGUCAUAUACUUUGUGAUGGAUAUGCUGCAGGGUCUGCCUGGACUGCCCGGACUGUUUGUUGCUUGUUUAUUUAGUGCAGCUCUCAGCACCAUCUCCUCUGCCUUCAACUCUUUGGCCACUGUGACAAUGGAAGACCUCAUCAAACCUCAUUUUCCAGCCAUGACGGAGGCCAGAGCACUCCUGCUGUCCAAAUCUUUAGCUAUGUCCUAUGGGCUGCUGUGUCUGGCCAUGGCCUAUCUCACUCACCUGAUGGGUGAUUCAGUUCUGCAGGUGGCUUUAAAGAUCUUCGGGAUGGUCGGGGGGCCUAUUCUGGGUUUGUUUUCUCUCGGGAUCUUUUUCCCCUGGGCCAACUCCACUGGAGCGUUAGCAGGUCUGGGCGCCGGCCUCUCCGUGGCUUUCUGGGUCGGCAUCGGGAGCAUAUUCACUCGUAGCCCCGGCACGAGGCCGCUGCCGCCUGACUGCAGAGUUGACCUUCUGUCAGACAACAUGACUGCUGUCAUUCAGACAGCAAUCAGCAGGAAUAUGAGCCGACCCUCUGGAUUGAAGAGGUUCUAUUCACUGUCUUACAUGUGGUACAGCGCCUUUAACUGCUUCACAGUCAUUGUGAUAGGACUGAUCAUCAGCUUUCUCACAGGUCCUAUGAAAGAGGAGGAUUUGACACCAGGCACAGUCUUUCCCUUGUUGGGGAAACUGCUGUGUUUUCUACCUGAACACCUGAAAAAGAAGCUGUGCUGUGUGACUCCACUGGGACACACACUCUCAUCACAACGAACGCAGCCUCCGCAGUGCAAAGAAAGUAACGGGUCGGCCUUCCGACAAGAGGACGGACCAACAGAGGAAGAGACAGAGAGCUUUCUUCCUGAUGCUUACACGUCUUAUGUGGAGCAUGAAACAGCCGUGUGAUGAAGUCUCGCAUGUCGGGUUAGAAAACUUCUUCAGACAAAGCACUUGGCCAAACAACACAAUCGUAUACUGUUGAAUUUGUGGUUAGUGAUGUAAUUCAGAUUUGCCAUGUCUAAUGCUGCUGCGAGGUGAAAGCUAAACAAUCUUUAUUCAGAAGUUGUUCUUUUUUAAAUCUACUACCAUCUUCAUGUGUUCAAGAAAAGACGUACGAGUGCAGCUGAGCCUCACAUUUGACUGAUUGAUUGACUGAUAAUCACAUGUUUGAUUUUCAUACUGUAUCUGUCGACCUCAGGUGCACGAUCACUGUUUCACAUGUCCGAACAUGUAAAGAUGCUGCUGUUAGAGAAUCAACACCCAGUGGAGGUUAGAUCAGCUGAAAUGUUUUAUAAGUGGAUUUUGUACUUGACUGUCACUACUGCAGCUUUAUGAAUGUUAUGAGUGGAGUCUCGCUUUAAUGCAGCUAAAACUGGAAAAAAACAACCUUUUGUAAGAAGGAAUAAAGAUUUUGUAUUUAA